AUGCUCUGGAAAUUAGAAUACCAAGGUGUCCUCAAUGCGUACUUCGAGUGGGCCGAGAGCUACGACUCAAAGGACUGGGAACGCCUGCGAAAGAUCGUCGCUCCUACGGUGCGCAUCGAUUACCGUUCUUUCCUCAACAAGCUCUGGGAAGCAAUGCCAGCGGAUGACUUCAUCAAGAUGAUCUCCGACCCCAAAGUCCUCGGCGACCCACGGCUCAUGACCCAGCACUUCUGCGGCGCCUCCAAGUACGAGAAGGUCUCGGACGACGAGAUCAUCGGCUACCACCAGCUGCGUGUUCCCCACCAGAAAUACACCGACGCCACGAGAACGAAGAUCCUCGUCAAGGGCCACGCCCAUUCCUCCAACCAGCAUUGGUAUAAGAAGGUUGACGGCGAGUGGAAAUUCGCCGGCUUGAACCCAGAUAUCCGAUGGGGAGAGUAUGAUUUUGACAAAGUCUUCGCUGAGGGUCGUGAUGAGCUGGGUGACGAGGCUGAGGCCGCUGACAAGGUCGCCAAACAGGCUGAGGGUAUUCCUCCCGCCUAG